ACAGUAAGCGGAUUGAGUCUGUCCAGUCAGCGAAAACAUCCUAGAGACACAUUAUCAUUCAUGCACUUGUGUUUAACUGCAUAACGUUACACUUUUCUUUUAAACCGCGAUGUUUACCAUAUUUGCAAAGAUAAAAGACCGCGUCGAGGCUUUUUUGAACGAGAAGAAUAUAGUCACUGACUUUCUCAAUAAAAUCGAAGAAAAAACAGGCAUCAAGAAACGUUAUUUAGCGCUCGGUGCUGUUGGUGUGACUGGAGCAUAUUUAUUAUUUGGAUACGGUGCUUCUCUGCUCUGUAAUCUGAUUGGUUUUGUUUAUCCCGCAUAUUACUCUAUCAAAGCAAUAGAAAGUCCUGAUAAGGAGGAUGACACACAAUGGCUGACAUACUGGGUAAUCUACGGCUUCUUCAGCGUGGGUGAAUUCUUCUCUGACAUUUUUCUUCACUGGUUUCCUUUCUACUAUGUGUGUAAGUGCUUGUUCCUGUUGUGGUGCAUGGCUCCAGUCUCCUGGAAUGGUUCUCAGAUACUGUACAGGCAUAUGGUGCGGCCAUUUUUCCUGAAGCAUGAAGCCAGAGUAGAUGAGAUGGUCAACAAUAUAGGAGGGAAGGCCAUGUCAGCAGCUGAGAACGCCACAAGAGAGGUUCUUCAGACUCUAGUGAGAAACCGAACUAUCGGCCCAGCUCAGCCUGAAGCCAGAAGACUGCCCAGUUCUGCUCCCACUGAACCCACUGUUGAUUAAAUAAGUUUUCAGUGUGUAUGAGAAAUACAGUGGCCAGAGUGAUCUGAGGAUGACAGCAACAUGCAAGAGAUGCAGCAUCAGAAAACCGAAGACAUAAAUUCUGACAGCUGUAUCAUAUGUUCUCAUUGUAAAGAACUCAAUGAGUGAACCGAUGCCUGAUUUUCACACAGCCAUUGUCAGGAGUGGAGUUUUGGACUUUAUACUUUAAUAACCCGGUGUAUUUAUUUUCACUGUUCAUAUAAAUUUGUUCAGCUCUAAAACAUAGCAAAACAGAAAUGUACUUUAGGUUCAACUGAAAUUCAACAUUGUAUUUGUUAUUUAUUUAUGGGUACUAAUUUGUUGUAUUCAUGGCAUCUGUCAGGGAUUUUGUAAUCUUAUUAUUAUGAUAGAAAUUUAAAUCUUCAAUAAAUAUUUUGUAUUCACCAUUUGAAAA